AGUUGUACUAAGUGUUAGAGAAAUGGAGAGUUUUACGAAUUCGUGUAGAUUGUGUCUGUGGAAAGGAGAUAAAAUGCUUCCAAUUUUUGCAUCUCCUGACGACGACGAAACAGCAUUGAAGAUUCGAAAAUGCUUGCCGUUAGAUGUGCGAUGGGAAGACAGUUUGCCAAAAGGAAUCUGCGCCAGCUGUCUGUACAAGGUGGAGAUGCUGUUCGAGUUCCACUGCUCUGCUGUGAGAAUAGACUCACUGCUCAGGAAAUAUCUCGCUUCAGAAGUGACUGUUAAGGAACAGCAGCUGAGCGGCAGUGGAUAUCAGACCACCAACAUGCCCCCCAUGCGUAGUGUGGCCAUUGGUACUGAGGAUGAAUAUUUCCAUUCAGCAAGAAGAACGAGGGAUGGCCAAGAAAGCAGUGGUAAUGCAGAACCUAUGGUAGCCAGAUUGCGUGUGCGGACACCACAUGACAUUAGUGAUAUGAGUAGUGCAGGAGUUUCCCCAGUGGUUCAGGUGCCUCUACAACAGUCAGACCCCUUUAAUGGACAUAUAACUGAAGUGUCAUCACUGCCACACAGAUCAGACAGUGUUCAGGGUAUUGAUAGUAUUCAUGCAAUUGGAGCUACAGAACAGUCACCAUCGAGCAGUACAGUACUGCGUUUGUCUGCAAGUGGUACUGCAGUUCAACAAGAGGAGUUAGGGAGGAGUGCCUCAAGACAGUCGGAGCCUGUGGCUCACACAUCAUCCCCGGGAGAGGCCUGUGUAACACAAGACCCCACAUCAGAUUGUGCCCCAGCGGAAGACACAGAUGUAGUGUGCCUGUCAGUCAAGUCUUCACCAACUGUGGUGCAAAGUGGUCCCUCAACAUCCCGGCCAUCAUGUGAGUGUGCCGAUGAUGAUGAAGUGGUGGUGCUUGCCGAGAUCCAGAAGCAACCAUACCCGUACCGGCGAUGCAAGACCCCUACCAGCUUUGACACCUCCUCUGUGUCUAGCUGUGCCUCUGCGUCUGCUGUUUCUACCUCCUCCUCUACCUUCGAAGGUGGGAGCAGAACGGCACCUCCGCGGAAAGUACACCGUCUUUGUCCGCGGCACCAAGAGUACUUGCGGUUGAUGAACUUACAGCAGGAACAGCAACGGAUGAAGCAACGAGGUCUACAACAACAGGAGACACUGCAGAGGGUAGACCACCAUUCUUCAAGAGCCAGUGGACAGGAGCCUACUUUAAGCACUUCCUCAGCCAGUCUGAGAUUGUCGGAUGUGUCCAAUCCUGUGCAAUGUGAGCCCACUCAGCAAGUACCGCAGAACCAGUCAUGUGGAGGAGGCACAAGGCAACUGUCAGCAGAAACUCCACAUAUCGACACAUCGUCUAACUCGACAGAAUCUGAGGGACGUGUGCAAUUACUUGACCAAAACAAACUUACAUCUGGUGCAACAAGUCAUCUGGUAGCCCUUCUGAACAGUGACUCAUCACAUAUCACAGCUCAACCUGGUCAGUUGGAACAAGCAUGGCAUGUGAUGAGGACCAAACCUGAAGGAGCCACCACAGAGGCAGUGGUGGCACCACUUUCCAGUUCUGCAAAAUGCAACUCAUCUGUAACUGAGCCACAGGACCAAGUAAGGCAGCUGACUCUUGCCCAUCCAAAAGGAACAACUGUUGAGUCUUUCCUGGGAAAACCGUGUGGCAGCAAAUUAUCUUCAGCUGAUGCACCACUGCCAGCUGCUGCACUGUCCCAGAGUGCUGUACCAACCCCAUCUGUUGCAGCAGCUUCACCUGUUUCGCAGCUCUCAGCCUGCGUGCCUCCUUCAGCUGCUCCACCUGCUACACCUGCAGUGCCUCCUCCAUCUUCUGAAUCUAUCCCAGUUACUGCGCCUCCCCCAUCUACUAUGCCUAUCCCAUCCGCUACUCUGUCAACAACCUCUAAAAGGAUUUCAUCUGCAGCUUUACCCACCAGCUCUGUACCAGUCUCAUCCACUGCACUACCUGGAAUGCCUGUGACAACACAAUCUGACCCUUCCCCCGUAACCUGUGCGGUGACUCCAUCGGUCGCACAUUCCGGUAUCACCUCACACCCCAGCAGAGCUGCUGCACACUCUCCAUCCCCUGCAAGAUCCUCAUCUGGUGGGCAGUCCCCCUCGACUGUACAGACCUCAUCAUCACGGAAACAGUCCAACACACAGUCUCGAUCUCGCUCUCGCUCCAGUUCGAAAUCUCCGUCUGCUGGACAGCGCCGUGGCUCUAAAUCACCUGUGUCCACUGCGAUGGCCCCGCCCUCUGCAUCUCCCAAACCCUCGGCACCUUCCACAGACCAUGCACAACCGCGACUGGCUCCCCUGACUACAUCUGUUACGUGGCCAUUGCCUGCUGCACCCACUACACCUCCUGCACUAUUACGUGCUUCAGCACAACCACAGCAACAAGAAAAUAGACAGCAGAGAGUAGUGUUGCCGACACGUGGUUCUGGACAUCCUGAGCAUCAGGUGAUACCAGCCAAACUACAAGAUGGAGUCUUCAAGUUUCCAGCAUUCCUGGUUGUAACUAAUGCCCCUUUUCAUGCGCAAGCACAAUCUCCAGCGGCAGCAACCACUCAUCUGUCGGCACAGUCUCAAACCUCUGCCCCCACAGAAACUCCUGCAGUGCCAAAGGAACAGGAACAGAAACAACAGUUGGCACAAACCGAAUCACCGGAAGGGGCCAUCAGCCAGUUGUUAGCAGCAUCUGCACUCAUUAGUCCCCCACGUGGCUCAACAGAGCCUAAGCAACAAGAGAAGAAGCAAGGGGAGGUGCAGACAAAACCCACAGGAACACAUCUCUGUCAAUCUGCAGCAGCAUGUUUGCCUACUGCCCCUCCACAUUCACCUGCUCCAGGUAAGCAGCACGAACAGCAGCCACAAGUCCAACAUGAGCAACAGAAAAAUAGACUGGAAGUGUUACGUGAUAAACUGUCAGCAAAAAUAGGUAGGCUACCAGCAGGCUCACCUGUAGACACUGAUGAGAAGGGUGUCUCUGUACAAAAUGGUCAGACACACUCAGAGGCUGAUCAGCAGUUAACAAAUGCAGCAACUACCACUGCCACGUCACAUACAGUUGCACAAUCAAGUAAAAGGAGGAAAGAGCACCGGUCACAUGCAGUUGUUGCCGAGCGUCCUGUGACUCCAGCUGAAUCCACAGCUGCCUCUCCUACCUCACAGAAGCCAAAGCAGAUUAAACAGAAAUACUAUAAAGCAAGCUCACAAACUGAAAAGCGCCUUCGGAAAUCACCAUUGACAGUAACUUCCACUGCAAAAUCUUCCUCAGAAAGAGCUAAAAACCAACUGUCUGGAGGGACUGUGGAGCAGCAGCAGACCACGAAGCAACCAGCACUGCCAAAUUCAUAUGACUCUCAAAAGUGGAAGAAGAAAAAAAAGAAGAAAAAAGAAAAGGAGGAGGAGGAAAGUCACCAUCAAUCAUCAAAUAAAUAUCAACAGGAGCAGCUGUCACAAAAAAGAAAGCACUCAUCCAAGAAUACACGAGAAACUGAAGACCUACCAUCACAGCCUGCUCCUACCCCUUCUUUACAGCAGAGUCAGGAGAUGGAGGCUGCGAGUCAGCACUACGGCAGCCAUUCGCAUCCAGUGACGACAAUGUACAAAGUUAACAUAGGCGAGGCGGAGCAGCCGCAGGUGGAGCGUUGGCGCAACGUUCAACAGGACGCUGUUGAGCGUGUGCGGGUCGCUCUGCGAGAGUGCACCCAGCUGCCACAGCCACCGCUCUGUGACCCUGCGACAUCUCCGCCUGUGCCAUCUGCCACCGUGACGACGCCCUCACCUCCUGUAUUGACACCUCAGUGGCCAUCUGUGAGGCCGGUUCCUCCCGACUCCCCGUCCCCUCUGCCACCGAUGCUGCCACCUGCAAUCUCCACAAAAACCCGCACCGACCGCCCGCACUCCACUGGCCCACUUGUGCAGUGCACCACUCCUCCAGCGAAUGAGAAGUUGUCUCCCACACCGUUCCUCACGCCACCUGAUGGAGUUGACCAGCAGAAGUCCAGAUCGCAGCUGCCAUCCAAGGCAACGGCAGAGAGUGGUGAACGUCGGUUGCGCACUCCCAGCCCAGCGUCCAGCAUUGGGAGCAUAGACUGGUUCGCUGUGCCACACCGCAACGGUGUGCCUCCGCGGAGGUACUACAACAGGAAGAGGCGGUACCUCGAUCUCAGCUGGGGUGAGGCCUCUGGAACGGACAGAGAAGGCAGUGAGGAUAGAGGCGACAGUGCUGAGAGAAGCCCUUUGUCACUGCCGUCACCCAAGACACAGGCAUCCUGCAGUGCUCCGAAAUCUUCUGUUCAGGCAUCCGCAGCAUGCCUGGAACUAUUUCAGCAGUCGGUUCCCUCGGUGACUGCCCCUCACCAGUUGAUGGUGGGAACUCCCCUAUUGACAUCACGAUCUGCACGUGCUGCCCGCUACUUAUGCCGCUACUGCCAGCAGCGGUUCAGUGCGCGCAUCCUGCUGAGCCUGCAUCGCGUUAACGGGGCGUGUGAACUGCACCGCAGCCACAACUAUGCACGCAAUGGUGGUGGAGGUGACCAUCCACAGGUGACAGAGCGUGAGCUGAUGCUGGAGGCGCGUGUGCGUCUCGACCGUCUCUUCGUUUGCCCACGCUGCUCGCGUGUGCUCUCCACCGAGAGCACACUCAAACGGCACAUAGCCCUCCGUCACGGACAUGACAACCCCCGUGACACACGUGCCUCUGUGCAGGUGCACUCGCAGGACUGGACACUAUCCCUGCCGGAUACGUCGUCGCCACCUCCCCUGUCGCUGCCACUUGCUGCCAGGUUGUCCGACGGCAAAGACGAUGUGUUGGAAGCUCUGGGGCUUACCAGGAAGAGUUAAUGACCGUGUCAUAGCUCCAGAUGCUCUGUUGUUGCCUUUCUCAACUGGUUGAUUCUUACUCUGUGCAUACAAAAACUGUGAGACUGCCAUAAUUGUUUUACUAUUCAUUUUUCACACGUCACCUUCUCAGUAUAUAAAGCAGUCAAAAGUAGACCAUCUGUUGACUGUGCUCUGUCAGACUUUUUGCAUCACAUUUUUUCUUCUAGUCGAUCUUUUUAGAAAAAAAGAUAUCAGUGUUUCAUGAACUAAUAAGGAAGAGGUAUCCAUUGAUACGAGUGUACAGAGAAACAAAACCAACUCCAUGAAAUUGUUUUUAUUAUCAUUAAAUUGGUUGCCAAUCAUUGUGUGCUAUACUUUUUUUGUCUGUAUUGUCCAAAGCAUUUAGGGAAGCACUACCCUACUUGAUAUGAUGUGCACAUCGUGUGGCCUGAUUCAUCACUCUUUAAACUUUUACUUGUCCUUAAUUUUGAUUUUGGCACAGUACAACAUAUAUAUAUGCUUGGACACAUUGUGGAGGUGGUCAUUGGAAUGUUUUAGGCACAGUGGAACAGAAAGUUGAUUCAGAGACUUGAGAGAUGCCAGGGAGGUUUGGUACUCCAGCUGCGUUUCAGACAGUUGUGAAUGUGUCGACUAACAAAGGAGUUGACCAUGCCAUGGAUUUGUUAGAAGUAGGCCACCUUUCACAUUCAAGACAAAGCACCAAAUGAUAAAUUUCUCACUUCAGAUGUUCUACAUCUCGCUUUCAAAUUGUCCUAAUGAUACUGACUUUACAGCCUAAAUGUAGACUACUCGUCGUAGCUUUAGAAACCAUUACAGCAAAGCCUGAGGAUAAGCAUAUGUUGGGUAGUCUCACCAGAACUCUUCUGAACUGGUGUGCACUGCUUGGCUUCAGUAAGAGAGAAAGAAAUCUGCCAGAGUCAUUUGACUGGACAUGAACUUUCAAUUCCUCGCUCUUUGACUUCCAUCGUAGGUGCUCUUCAUGGUUAUAAAAGAGCCAACAAUAAAAUUGUUUGGCUCAGUGAACUACACUACUUGAAGGAAACAUAAUUGUUCUGAAGGUUAUAUCAUCUUAUUCAAAACUGCUCCCAUUUCAUCAAACUUUUGAUGUAAGCUAACUACACAAGCUUCCAUUGAUCAAGGAUCCAGAUAUCCUCCACUAAUUUUUCUGUAGCUUGGCAGUAGAAAUCACACCUUAGUCUUGGAGCAACUGAUGAACUAAAUGUGCAAAAAUGCUGCUGCUGUCAAUGUAUUUUGAGACAAAGUACAUUGCUGCCAUUGCUUAACUUCCCAUGCCUUAUAAUAAUCAUUUGGUUAAUUUUGAACGUAUAAAAGUGAUAACAUUCUGGCACAUUGUCUCCAUUGGAUAUUAAAAUUUGCUUCAAUUGCUGCAAAGUUUCAAUUGUGGAGCCAUUUUUAAAUUAUUGUAUAAUAUAAUCCAUCAAAAUUGAUGUAUCACUCCAAGUGCACCCUACAUGCUGCUGUAGUAACGUGUAAUACUUAACUGAAUUGUCGUGACACUCUACUGAUAUCAUAGGGUUUGAUCACAGACACACAACGUUUAUCCCUCUUCUUACGAGUAGAUCCGUAUAGUUUGCAGAUCAAUGUACAUGAUUCAUUGGCUCUAUCAUACAAAUACUAGUCCACAACUUGUAAUCACAAGCAGCGCAACAUUAAUAAUUUAACUCAAUACUCAAUAAUGUAAUGUAUUCAUUAAUUCUAUCAUUGUCAGCAGUGAUGCCCAAAUAAAUGUUAUUAAUUACUGACACUUACAAGUCAUGAAGUAGUAGUUUGGUCUGAUUCUGUUAUAUUCCAGUUACACAAAGUGAUUCUAUAAUAUCUAAUGGGCAUAUAUGCUGUAACUCCGUAUAAAAGUUUAUGAAGUAGUCACGGACCCAAGCUUAAUGUGCAGUAUCAUACAUUCACCAAUGUGAAAUUCUGACUUGAGUAACUGGCUUGAGUUAGACUGAAGCUGACCUUCCACUGGCUUUUUGUUAUCCUUGCACGAUGAGGUUUUUGGCUAGUGUUAAGACAGCCAGCUCAGUCUGAUACUCUAUUGUACUGUUGGCCAGAAUUCACAAUUAUAAAUUCAUGCCGUGAAGGGUGCUGUGAACAGCAGUGAUAUAGUACACACCAUAGGAGAAACUGCAUGGCAAUGAAAGUAAAAUGGGAAAAAAAUUAAUCCAUCCAGUGACAGCCAAUGUGACAAAACGUUAUUAUUUAGCCAAUUUGCUGUGGCUUUGGACCCGAUUGCAACUUGAAUUAGAAAGGACAGCUAGGGCAACAAUUCUUCACGGGGUAAACCGUGAUCCUUCAGUGUCUCCAUGAGAAAGGGAGCUAAAUUCUAUUGCCUAGUUAUUAUAAAAUUGGUGUUGGAUUUGUACAAAGGCUCAAAAUUUCACCUGUGUGUGUGUGUGUGUGUGUGUGUGUGUGUGUGUGUGUGUGAGAGAGAGAGAGAGAGAAUAUUCUUUUUCACUGUUCUGAGUCUUCACUUUGUCAUCUGGGAUUUCAUCUUAAUGACCAGUGAUAUUUUUCUUUCUUUUGCAAUUGUUUAUGCUCUCUCCUAGUAUCCUUUUUUCAGGGUCGAUAUUCUCUAUGUCCAGUACAUCUCACCGAACUGGAGGUGUCGAAAUACAGACCACCAGUUUUUACUAAGAAAUUAAGCACUUUUGUUACAAAUGUGGCAUAUAUGUUUCAGAAUAUUCAUGUUACUUUUGUGUGUUCAUUCACAAUUUUUAAAUAUUACCAGAGCUCUAUACCAGCAAUAUGCAUUCUUCAUUUGUGCCACCUAACAUUUAUAUGAACGUGAAACAUACACAUCAUCAUUUAAUAUUCAGAAUGAACAAUAAGUGCAUGAAAUUCGACUAUGCGAACAACCACAAUCAAUUACGUGGUUCACAUUAUAUUAAAUGUUUUAAUUUUAUAUAUUCCUUUCUCCUUGGAUGAUGAAUUAAUUAAUUUAUUAGGUCACUUGCAACAGCAGGACCAAUCUUGCUGUUUUCAGUAUUUGUAUAAAAACAUUUUAGCUUUACAGUGACAUGUUUCUCGUUAAAUAAAUGCUUUUAAAUGUCAUUUGUGUGUCACACGAGGAAUCAAUUUAUCAUGAGGUCUGGAGAAAAUUCUAAAUGAAAUGGUGUCCCUAUGCAGUGACUUUGUUUAUGAAGCUUGAUUGAGUAAAGCUAUCUGCCAAGCCUUUUCGAUUUGCAGAACUUCGUUAGAAAUGUGAAGUACGCAAACCAAGAUUGAGAUCCCAAAGUAUUCUGGUCAUUCAGUUUUUUUGCAAUGGAAGACAGGAGUGGCUGUUGCUUAGUGUGUCCCAGAAACCUAAAAUUGAAGAUGAGACUAAAUAAUAUGAAUAAAUUGAUAACGGUUGUGAGAAACUAUUCAGUUCUUUCCUCCUCCUCCUCCUCCUCCUUUUCAGUCUACAUAAAGUUGUUUCCACCUUACACAGUCUCCAGUCACUGGGCUGCCUUACACAGUCUCCAGACACUGGGCUGCAAUUAGUUGUUUCAGUGAUAAGUUUUAAAUAGAAAUACAUUUUUUAAAGAAAGAAGGGGGAAGGAACUCCAUGACACUGGAAUAUGCAUUUGGUAACAGAAAACUAGUCAUCCAUAGCAGAAGAUCCUGAUACAUCACUUGAACAGAUUUUCCUGCUUUGGGAGAUAAGGAAAAAAAUGCUCCUGACCAGCUACACAGUUGUGGGCAGUACUGUGUCAUUGCAGUUGUGGUGGUUGGGGAUGUCAAUUCCUCUAAGCAACCUCUGGGGGCUACUGUAACAAAUGUGAUAUUUUCAGCUAAUUCUUCAAUUUUUAGGGAGAGGAUUGUACAAAACAGACGAGUACAGCUUCUGCACUUUCAGUCUUAUUUUAUAUAUUACAGUGUUUUCAGGCAAUAAUAUUAGUUAUUUCACUCUGCUGGCAAGUACUCAUUCUGAUCAUUGACAUCUCUCCAUGGAUAAGUGAAGAACUAACACUGGGAAAAAUUUGGCAUAUAAAAGAGAGGGAAAAAAGGAGCAAUGUGAAGAUUUGUAUUAAUCUGUGCUUUUAACUGAGAAGUGAGUUUCAUUUUUUUAAAUGUGUGUUGGAACAUGUGUGAGAGUGUGGAAACAAGAAAGAACUGACAGUAACAAAAAUAUCACCAGUCUUGAAGGCCAUGAACAUUAGAUACAAUUACUUAUGGAGCAUAUUGCAAGAUUUUUUUGAAGGCACCGCCUUUUUGUGACAUUGUAUGGCAUUUUCAGAAUGACUGAUGUAUGAAUUUAUUAACAACUGUGCAAUCUUAUGGAGAUGACAAUGUGGUCCCUGCAGUGCCAAAUCCACAUUCUGAUCCCAAUAUUGCGAAAAUGUCAUCAUGAUUUUCAUACUAUGAAUGUAAUCAUCAUGGAAUACAGUUAAGAGUUUAGGGAAAUUCAUAUCCCUACCAACAUUAUCGGGGAAGGUGUCUCGUAAUCUGAGCUACAUCUUGUGUUACAUGUGUACAAAACAAACAAAAAAUUUUUAAAGAGAAUUGCUGAUAAUUUCCCAAAUGUAAUUUGAGAAUGAAAUACAUUUAUAAUUGUUGUAAAUAAGAAACACCAUCUUUGAAUAAAUUUUUUAGCUAAAUUAA